AUGGCGCAACCAGGCUCGUCUGGUGUGCCUGGUCCUGCGGGUCGCCGACUCCAUAUUGCCCAUCGUCGAAGUCCGUCUGAGCUGACGCCGCUCAUGAUGGAACAACUUGCUCUUCAGCAACAGAUUGAAUUGCUCCAACAGCAACAACAGCAGAUCGCUGCUACCCAUCAGCAAUAUGUAAACAUGGGCAUGAUCCAGCAGCCUUUGCAAGGCAUGCCAGGUUACUCCCCCAUCCAAGGGCAACCGAAUAUUGGAGCCAUCUCUCCCAACAACAACAAUUUUCAGUUUCCACAAAUCCAGCAGCAAAUGGGGAUGCCGGCCAAUCCUCCUACUCAGCCUGCUGCUCACCGAAGAAACCAAUCCGCGCUUCCUGGGAUGGCCAUGGGCCCUCCACCAGCUCCCUCCGCUGGAACGGCCGGGUCAGCUUAUGGUGAUUUCAACCAGCAAGCCAUGGGCCAAAACCGUGAGAAUACUGGUGGUCGUGGAAGAGGAGGUUCUUCACAAAGUGGGCAUACUCGACGUCACUCGCUUGCACUUCCCGAGGCAAAGAAGGCCGCUGAACUUGCAGAGAAGAAGCGAACUGCGGCGGGCUUCCAGUUCCCAAUUCCUGGAGGCGGCGGUAUUGCCGAAAGCCCCGUGGCAGCCACCCCCGCAGACGACAAAUCGGCCACACCAACCACUGCACAAGGGCUAGGUUUGCAGCGUGCUGGCAACAUCCGAAGCGUUGGUCACAGUCGCAGUCAGAGCAUGGCUGCCGGAAGUGCUCGAGGCGGAGGAAACGUCGGUCGUGGAGGUGGUACCUUUCAGUUCCCAGCUCCCGCGGGCGCUGAUAGUGGUGCUGCAGGUCCAGGAAAUCAAUCCGAUCUACAACGCCGCGGGAGUCAGAGCAGCCAUACGAGAACAGGCUCCCGGAAUUUUGAGGGCAAUUGGCGCCAGCAGAACAAUCAACAGAACGCCGAACAAGCACAACAACAGAUGGGCCAGUUCGGUCAACCUCAAGGAAUGGGUGCUGGAGGAUUCCAGCCUGGCCAUCGAGGCCGAGGAUCAAUGAAUCAAUCGAUCGGGUCCAUGAGUGGAUUCCAGUAUCCGGGCCAACCGCAACUGGUUCAACUCCCCCAGGGCCAAAUGAUGAUGGCACCUCAGAUGUUUGCGGGCCAACAGGUGAACGCUUUGCAAAUGGCACAGCUCCAGGCUAUGCAAGGUGCCCCGCUUGGUGGACUGCAGGCAAGCCAGCAUGCUCCCCCUCCGAUGGGCCUGCAACAGCAACAGCAGCAGAGAAAGACUCUGUUUACGCCUUAUCUUCCUCAAGCGACCCUUCCUGCAUUGUUGAAUGACGGCCAGUUGGUCGCCGGUAUUCUCAGAGUCAACAAAAAGAACCGUUCCGAUGCCUACGUGACCACCAAUGACCUCGAUGCCGACAUCUUCAUCUGCGGUAGCAAGGAUCGCAACCGAGCGCUUGAAGGUGAUCUGGUCGCUGUCGAGCUGCUGGACGUUGAUGAGGUUUGGGGUCAGAAACGUGAGAAGGAAGAGAAGAAGAAGCGCAAGGACAUUACAGACACCCGCUCAUCUGGCAACAAUCAAAAUGGGAAGAGUGACACCGCCGCGUCGAGCGAUACUCAAUCCAUUGCCCCAGACGGCAGCAUCCGACGACGUGGCAGUCUGCGUCAGCGGCCGACACAAAAGAAGAAUGAUGACGUUGAAGUCGAAGGUCAGAGUUUGCUUCUCAUGGAGGAGGAGGAGAUUAGUGACGAACAGAAACCACUCUAUGCUGGUCACGUUGUGGCCGUCAUCGAACGAGUCGCCGGACAAAUGUUCUCAGGCACUCUUGGUCUCCUGCGGCCCAGUAGCCAGGCUACCAAAGAAAAGCAAGAGGCCGAGAGACAGGCUCGUGAUGGUGGGCAUUCUCGCUCGGAAUCUCGUCAACAAGAUAAGCCAAAGAUUGUCUGGUUCAAGCCGACCGACAAGCGUGUACCCCUUAUUGCCAUUCCAACCGAGCAAGCUCCUCGAGACUUUGUCGACAAGCACAUGGACUACGCCAACAGAAUCUUUGUGGCCUGUAUCAAACGUUGGCCCAUUACGUCUCUGCAUCCGUUCGGUACCCUUGUCGAGCAACUCGGUGAGAUGGGGGAUCUCCGUGUCGAGACGGAUGCUUUGCUUCGCGACAAUAACUUCGGGUCUGAUGAGUUUUCUGACGCUGUCCUGAAGAGCGUCGGAUGGGAUGACUGGUCUUUGAAGGCCGAGAGUGAGGAGACUUUGGCUACCCGCCGUGACCUUCGAAACGAACGCACCUUCACUAUCGACCCUAAUGGUACGAGUGAACUUGACGAUGCUCUCCAUCUCAAACAACUCGGUGACGGAAUGGUUGAACUCGGUAUCCACGUUACCGAUAUCGCGCAUUUUGUAAAAGGGCAUUCAUUGGUCGACCGAGAGGCGAAGAAACGCGGCACUGGCGUCUAUCUCGUGACCCGCGCUGUCAAUAUGUUGCCACCAAAACUCUCUUCUGAAGUUUGCUCCCUCCUACCGGGCGAGGGACGUCUGACUGUCAGUGUAAUCUUCAAGGUCCAUACCAAGAGCGGACAGGUUGAGGGAGAACCUUGGAUUGGAAAGACAAUCAUCCAAAGCUCUGGGAAAUUGGCAUAUGAUGAAGUCGAUGCGGUCAUCAAAGGAAGCGAGAAGAUCGAACUCCAUGGUGCCACCGUCGAGGACAUUAAGAUUCUCCACGACCUGGCCAACAGAUUCCGUGAAGCUCGCUUUGGUCAUCGCUCAGCGAAUAUUGCUCCACUUCGACUACUCUAUCAACUCGAUGAUGAGAAUGUGCCAGUCGAGCAGAACAUUUUCAACACUUCUGCCGCCCACGAAAUCAUGGAAGAGAUUUGUUGCAAGGCAAACUUUUUCGUCGCGCAGAAGAUCUAUGCGGCCAUGCCUGACAAAGCUUUCCUGAGACGACAAGCACCUCCCAAUCCUAGGAGACUUGUUACGUUCGCCGAUCGCAUGACCCGGGCUGGCUACGAAAUCGAUACGACCAGCAGCGGGACCUUGCAAAACAGUCUGUUCAAAGUUGAGGACGCGGAUCUGCGCAAGGGUAUGGAAACUCUCCUGGUCAAGACUCUGCAGCGCGCCAAAUACUACAUUGGUGACCAGCUCGCAGAGGAACAGCGUCAACACUAUGCCUUGAACUUGCCAAUCUACACACAUUUCACCAAUCCUACCCGCCGUUAUGCUGACAUUGUUGUCCACCGCCAACUGGAAUCGGCUCUGUCAGACGGCACAAUCGAAUUCUCGGAAGACUUGGAGAGUCUGGCCAAGACUGCCGAACAAUGCAAUAAUAAGAAAGACUCUGCUCAUUGUGCUCAAGAACAGAGUGUACACAUUGAAUCUUGCCGACUCAUGGACAAAACGAGUCAGGAACUAGGUGGCGAUCUCAUCAGCGAGGGCGUUGUCAUUUGUGUUUACGAAUCAGCAUUCGACGUCCUCAUUCCCGAGUAUGGGUUCGAGAAGCGAGUCCACUGUGAUCAGCUGCCACUAAAGAAGGCAGAAUUCCGGAAGGAGGAAAGAGUGCUUGAACUCUACUGGGAGAAGGGAGUACCAUCAUCGGCGUAUGUCCCUGAGGACGAAAGGCCACGUGCAUCGGCAAGCACCAAAGGUACAAACGGCGCACGCGAUUCAGAGGCCGCGAAAGAGCGUGCCAAAGAACGAUACGAAGCACAGCGAAAGCAAACCGACAGCAAUACCAUGUCGACUGAUGACAUUGAUGCACUCUUCGACGACGAGGAUAGUGCCUCUGAGAUUACGGAGAUGGCUGCCGGAGUGUCUCUUAACACACCUAUUGACCGUCCGACGCAGAGUCUCCCACCAUCUCCAAGUCGUAAUGGAGCAUCAUCUCAUGGACCCACAAGAACACAAUCGGACUCAAAGAUUCUCAAACCCGCCAGCGAAAUUCCCGAAAAUAAUCUGACCGACAAGGAGAAGUAUCGCAGCUACUUCGCCCUUCGCGAAGAAGGUGGUGAAUACAUUCAGGAUGUCACCGAAAUGACUCGAGUACCUGUCAUCUUAAAGACCGAUCUGACCAAGAGUCCUCCAUGCUUAACCAUCCGAUCCAUGAAUCCUUAUGCAUUGUAA